GUAAAGGAUAAAGUAUUUGAAUAAACACAACUUGUGAAUAGAAUAAAGAUGGUUCCUCCUAAAAAAAUGACAUUACAAGAGUUCUUCACUGAUGAGUCAUUUGGUGGCUCAUGGGCAGACGAUGAUAUCGAUAUCUCAUCAAUAUCAGUUCCAAUUGAAAAAUAUAAACAUCAUCCAUACUCUGGAGACUCCUUCAAUCAUGGAGGAUAUGGAGGAGGAGGAGGAGGUGGUGGUGGCCAUAGAUACGGGGACAGUGGCGGACACGGGUACUCUAAUGGAAUGCGCGACUCGGGCCCACCGUACAUCAUCAAGUUGUUGAACUUGCCAGUGACUGCUAGUGAUCUUUUCGUAGAAGAUCUCUUUAAAAGUAGAUUCACCCCAUUCAUAAAAUUCAAGAUUGUAGCAGAUCCAGUAUCCAAUAUUUUGGAGACUAAGGUAAUUAAGAUGGUUGCAUUUGUGGAGUUGAAUUCAUUUCAAGAUUUGGCCAAAUCAGUGAAAUGGAUGGAUUUGUAUUAUAAGGAUAGACGCAGAGUUGUGAUUGAAAAAGCAGACUUUGGAGACUUUCAAAACUGUAUUAGAUUCAACCAAGAACAUCAACAAGAAAUUGAACAGAUUACAGAUGAUUUCAUUCAUGGAAGAAAUCAACCUACUGGGAGAUUUGGUGGACAUGGUUCACCAAACACUGUUAACCUGAGAUUACCUCAUACUAAUUUUAAUAAUAAUACUCAUCCAAUCCUUGGUCAACAUAAAUCCCACGAGCUCCCACCUUUACAACCACCUCAACCAGCACCUACACCAAAGAAAUCCAAUCCGUUUGGAGCUGCAAAGCCAGUGGAUGUUUUAGCAAAGCAACAUGAAAUCGAGAAGAAAUUAAUUACCAUUAAUCAUACGACAGUUAGAACCAUUGGUGGAGGCAGUGGUAAUCGUGAAGAUUCUCAUAAGGAGCGAAAAAAUUCUCACCCUGGAUCUAGACGUCCAUCGGUGAAUCUUUUAAAGAGACCGAGUGUACUGGAGUCUACCCCACUGCAUCCAGUUAAUCCCCAAAAAUCGGAAACAACUACACCUUCUGGUCCAGCCACACCGACAGUACCAGUUGCACACCCUGUGACAUCCGAGGAUGCCCCAGUUGUACCGACAGAUGUACCGAAAUCAAAAUAUUCUCCAGCACCUAUUCCCACUUCAGCAUAUUCAGAAGGCAAAGGACUAAGCCUUGCUGCAAUGUUAAGUUCUAAACAUUCCGAUGAAAAAGGUGGAAGGAUUUCACCAUCAAAGAAUGUUACUCCAAAACCUGUUCAUUCGAAACCAAUAAUUUUGAAGAAGAAAAUCGUUAUACCUGCGACAGAAACAGCACCAGAAUCCGAAAUAGAAGUUCCAUAUGAGGAGAAAGUUACCACCCAGGAGCCAGAAGCUGUAUCCAAUGGAUCAAAGUCUACACCUAUUUCAGACGCCCCCGCUGAGAAGUCGACAGAAGAAACUAGUUCUCAGAAGUCAAGGCCAUUUAAAUCGAAAAAGCAACCACCGAAGAAGAAUACAAGUACAAGUUCUGAAACGGAUCAUAAUAAAUUUCAAAAGUCUUCUCGAACUAAGGAGCAUAGUACCUAUGAGCCAACGAGUAAGACUAAAGAGGAACUUGCCAUGAUCCUUCAAAAUAAUGAAGCUUCCAGAAAUAAGAAGGAAGAUUAUAAACCAAAAUACAAUAAAUCGAAUGAGUUAGGUAAAAAUAAUUCUUCUAAAAAUUCUGGACAAUCACGAAAUAACGGCGGAGCUUAUAUCACUAGAAGCACAUAUAUCAGAGGAAAUAGUUCACGUGAACAUCCUAAUGGCGAAGAAAGAAAAGAAACAAUAGUAACAUCAAAUAUUGUUAAGGAGGAUGCACAAGUUGAUUCCAAAGUGAAUGAAUCAAAGCUGACUGAAUCCAAACCAAGAAGUAAAUCUCCAAUUAGAGGAAGGGGUAGUAGACGAGGAAGAGGAGGAGCUUCUACAAGAGGAAGGGAACCUCGUGAUUACAAGGAUAAACCCGUUGAAAGAUCUAGUGCUAAUAGUGUACCAGUUGCCAACACUAGGGGUAUGGAUAAGAGUAGUCAAAGUUCUCAAGGUGACGAGCAAACGCGAUCUGUACAACAGCAUGAGGAUUCAAGUGCACCAUUAACACCAGAAGCUGGCAAUGAAACGCCUUCAAUUCUGAAGCGAGGUGAGGGGAAGCCAGGACGAGGGUCCAGAGGUGGCUUUAGAGGUGCUCCAAGAGGAGGUGGAAGAGGAGGAAGAUCAAAAGGUAGAGGAGGACGCGGGGGAAGAGGAGGUUCGAAGGGUCAAUCUACGGAGUCAACAUCCCAAGAUAUCCCCAAACCAUCUACUACUUCACUGGAAACUUAGAUUUGUAGAAAGUCGCCCCCCCUAUAACCACUUCACCACUCAGUUGUAUAACUACAAAUUUUAAUAAAUCGUACUUUUUUUAUAUUCUUUUAUUUUUUUUAUUUUUUGUGUACCAACGAUAGUUAAAGUGAACCAAAAGACUGUCACUUUGCUUAAAUACGUCGAAAAAGAGUUAGAAAUGAAUAUCAUUAAUGUUAUUAAGUCACUUGGGAUGUGUUUCAUAAGCAUCCAUCAAAGUGUGAUAGUU